AUGACCAAAAAUAAUCUCAAGCAGCAUCUUCGUUGGCUUGUCGACCGUGGGCAACCAGACUUUGCCGCCUUGGACGUGUUGUUGACGCGGUCUGGUGUUGAUGCCUCGAAUGUGCAAGUAUCAGCACAACCACAUUCAGACAUACCCCAGCCGACUCGUACGGAAGAAUCAACAAUUACCACAAAUGCAAACUUGCUGGCGAUACUGAAGGGAAAUGAAGAUGUGGAAUUGAAGGUCGAUAGUGAUGGAGACUGUCUCUUGCAAGACGCGAAUAUGGCACGACUGAACCUCAUUCCCUCGUCGGUAUCCAAGCCACGGAUGCUUAGUAUUGCGGCCGGCAAUAGGAGCGACGAUGCGAGACCUUUGACACCGGGAUCUGAUGCCCGUAAGGAUAAUGCGCCAGACAAUUCGAGAAUUGGAGAUACUACAUAUCGCUCUGCUCCAGCUACCAUAAUCUCAAGCCCGAGUCGAAGCAACCGAAACGCACCGUCAACGAAAUUAGGACCUAUCCUUUCUUCGGAUUAUAAGUCUCAAUUCGAUGAUAUCGAAUCUAUUGAUCUUACAGGCGACGUAGAACCGACUACUUCAUCCGGGACAGUUGAAGCGUUUGGCGACUCACAAACAUUAUGGCGGGAAGAUUAUGCUAUGCGCCCGGAGCCUGUAGCUAGAAAAGGCAAAAAGAGAAAGAGUGACGAAUACCAGUCGGACCUGAGAUCGCCCAGAAGGAAUUCUCCUCGCGUAAAAGCUUCCCAUAUUCUGGAUGACGACGACGCGUUAGUUGUUGAUAUUACACCAACAAUCUCGUCAGAUCCGUCUUGUUAUGAUCACAUAUCUUCACAAGAAUUAGCACAACAGUCACCUGUCCGUUCAGCUGUCUCGAAGAAACCAACUACUACUACAAAGCCGGGCGAUAAAUCGAGAAAUAAACGAAUCAGCCAAGACGAGGAUGUUGAUCGUCUGUUUUCCUGGGACUCAGAUGAAGAUGCAUUUGAGCCUCUACCCAAUAAGGAGACUCGCCCGAUUGAAGAAAGGUUGAACCCUAGAGACAGCGAUCGAGUGACAGAGCACUCGAAUGUCGGUACCACGUCAGAAGACGAACUCAUCCCGGCUCAGGUGAAGCCAGUUUCGCCUAAGAAGGCCUCACCCAAGAAAACUUCACCUAAAAAGAGACAGACUAUUGUUGAGACCGUAACUUCUACGCCUUUGUCUCAAACCCUUCAGAACCCUAAAGUGGACCAAUUUUUAUCUCUCGAUCCAACAGUUGUCGAUGCAGCAAUUGAAAAAUUGAACAAAGACUUGGUUGCGAAUGCAAAUAUUGUGGUGCAACAUGCCAUUGAAGGGGAACUCCCGCCCCCGGAGCUUGUAGCCGAAGGAAAGGCCGCUCGAACGAAAGUUGAAGCGCUGGGAAAAGUCAAGACAGAAAGAGUUCGAUAUGAUGAGAAGAAGCUGAGAAAGCAGCAACUCAAAGAUAUGAUGGUAAAAGCAGUGGCUGACGGUGAGGACUUGAACGGCCUGGCAGCAGAGAUCAAAGAGAGCCAAGACAUUGCGAAGGAGCUCCAAGCGAUUGAUGCUCAAUUGGGCGAUCUAUUGUCUGUGAUUGAUAUGGAUCUUUCGACUUUUCUUCCUCCCCCUCAAUUCGCCAACCUACGGACCACUGUGUUACCUGCCACACCACAGACGCUUGUACGGCCUCUUGCCCAACCCGCUCCCCAAAGAUUUCAGACCGAUACUCCGUCAAUAUUACCCUCGAAUGGUAGUAAUACAAGUCUGAAUACAACCUACCGGCGAGAUCUGUCGACUUUCCAGGAAGGCAAUUCGUAUUCUACUGGAAUACCCUCGAAUUCUGCCGGUGCUUUUAUCACCUCGGAUGAUUUCGACUUUGACGAGGAAGACUUUCUUGAAGCAGACAACGCCAUGUCGACCGCACAUUAUGAACCUCCAGCAACCUUUUCUGACAGUCGUAGGGUCUUUGGCGAAACUUCAGGGAAUGCCAGUCGUCAACCGCAACUGCAACCGACCCAGAAGCCUACGGUUCCAGAUUCCAACUCUAUGUUAUCAUUCGCUUGGUCGAAAGACGUAAAAACGGUAUUGAGAGAUCGCUUCCAUCUGAAGGGUUUCCGGCCUCAUCAGUUGGAGGCCAUCAAUGCGACACUCGGCGGCAAAGAUGCAUUCGUUCUAAUGCCCACAGGAGGUGGCAAGUCUCUAUGUUAUCAACUGCCAUCUGUGAUACAUAGCGGCCGAACUAAAGGAGUUACUAUUGUGGUAUCACCUCUACUCAGUCUGAUGGAAGACCAGGUUGACCACCUUCAGAAACUUGGAAUCAAAGCAUACUUCAUCAACGGAGAUGUAAGUUCUGAGCACAAAAGAUGGGUCAUGUCCGCUCUUGCAAGUCCCUAUGCAGACCGAGAGAUCGAAUUGCUAUAUGUCACACCUGAAAUGAUCAACAAGAACGUGACCUUGUGUGACAUUCUCAAAACACUUCAUGAUAACAGAAAAUUUGCUCGUCUAGUUAUAGACGAGGCUCAUUGUGUCAGUCAAUGGGGACAUGAUUUUCGCCCUGACUAUAAAGAACUCGGAGCUUUUCGCUCGAAAUUUUCCGGACUCCCUGUAAUGGCAUUGACUGCCACAGCAACUGAAAACGUGAAAAUCGAUGUUAUAAACAACUUGAGAAUGAAGGAUUGCGAAGUUUUGAGUCAGAGCUUCAACAGGCCCAACCUUACAUAUGACGUUCUACCCAAGAAAGGCUCCGCACCCGACAUUAUUUCACAGAUAGCAGAUAUCAUUGAAACUUCUUAUCGGAGAAAAGCCGGCAUAGUCUACUGUCUGUCUCGGAAAGAUUGCGAAAAGGUUGCCCAGGAGCUUUCCCAAGGGUAUAAUAUCAAAGCAACGCAUUACCAUGCGGGUAUGCCUUCAGAAGAACGGACAUCUGUCCAGCGUGACUGGCAGGCUGGUAGAUAUGAUGUGAUUGUCGCAACCAUUGCCUUUGGUAUGGGAAUUGACAAGCCGGAUGUCCGAUUUGUUAUUCAUCAUACUAUACCCAAGAGUCUGGAAGGUUACUACCAAGAAACAGGGCGCGCCGGACGAGACGGCAAGCGUUCUGGUUGCUAUCUGUUUUACAGUUAUAGAGAUACCGCUGCACAGAAACGCUUCAUUGAACAGUCCGAGGGUGACUGGCAACAGAAAAACCGCCAACGGCAAAUGCUUCGACACGUUGUGCAAUUCUGCGAAAACCAGAGUGACUGCAGAAGAGUUCAAAUUCUUGCUUACUUCAACGAGUCUUUCAGUGUCUCUGACUGCCAUCGCACGUGUGACAAUUGCAAGACGGACGAAGCCUUCCAGACCAUCGAUUUCUCAACGUAUGCGAAGAAAGCUAUCCAGCUUGUCAAAUUCUUUCAUGAGAGAGGGGAGGAUGUCACUAUAUUGCAUUGCAUCGAUAUUUUUGCUGGAAGUAACAAGAAGAUGAAGGGAGACCAUGCUCAAGUACCGCAAUACGGUGCUGGUACCGAAUUGGAACUUGGAGAUGUCGAACGGUUAUUUUUCAAGUUAGUGGGUGAAGACGUUCUGGAAGAGUGGUCCAAAACGACGAGCCGAUUUACACAUCGGUACGUCAAACCGGGUCCGAAAGCCGCACAGUUUCUUGCAUCAAGAUCUCCUUUUACAAUGCAAAUACGCGCUUCUUCGAAGUCAGCAAAGAGGGCAAGUGACGCUUCUCGCAGGACUACCUCUACUGGUGUAUCUGGAGUGUCAGAUUACCAUCCUCAGUCUACAAAUGUACCUUCUCCUGUACAAGGUUCACGUCGAAAAGCCGCACCAAAAGCCAAAAGCAAGCGCGGAGUCCCCCAAGCAGUCGAUGGCGAUGAAGAUAGUGAUGGGUUUGAACCAGUCCGAGAGGCAGGUAAAUCAAGCCGACGCAAAAAGGCGGAUGUGGGACCUCCUAUCGUGGAGGAUGGUCGACUCGCUGAAUUGGACAACAAUCAGCAAAUAGUGGUUGAGGACUUUGUUGCAAAUGCCAAGGAGCUCUGUCAGCAGAUCAUGAUGGAGAAACACCUUCGCAACCAACCGUUUUCCGAUGCCAUACUACGUGAAAUGGCAAUUCAUCUUCCUGAAGAUACAAAUGCAAUGAAUGCGAUUCCUGGUAUCAAUAAGGAUAAAGUCAGGAUCUACGGUUCUCGAUUCUUGAAGCUUAUUAGAAACGCGAAGAAACUGCUUUCAGAUAUCAGGUCGAACAACGAAGUCAUCCACGAUCCGAACCAUACAAACGUCAUCAAUCUCGACAGUGACGAUGAAUACGGCAAUGAUGAUGAUUUCAUGCUCUCCCUUUCACAAAUGGAUACGAAUGAUCCGAGCAACACUAGUCAGUACUUCGACACAUCCGCCAGUCAAACAAGGGUACCAUCCACUCAAUUCACUGCUCUAGAUGCGCCAUCUACAAGCAGUAGGAAGACAACAAGCAAGGCGUCUUCUGCAUCACGCAGUCGACCCCGUGGCAGCACACAACGUACCAGCAGCGGAUCAUCUUCCAAGAGAAGAAAAACACCCUGGAACCCGGAAUCUUAUCGUUAUGCAGGCAAGGGAAGCAACAGAGGCUACAACAAUCCAGGUCGUGGAUCAUCAUCCUCCGGCUAUAGUAAUUAUCGCCGGUCGACUUCUACCAGCACAAAUACUAAGCGCAAGACGAGCACAAAACCCUCUGGGCCAGCAAUUGAUCUGAUGCCAACAUGA